AUGAGUUUCAAAAACGGGUUGAAUUUGACUUUCUCGCCUGGUGGCCACAACCAACCGGAUCACUGGCCAUCAAUAUACGCGAAUAGUAAUUACACUAAGCUACCUCUGGUAAAUCGAAAGCAAUAUAGCGAACCUUUAAUAUCACUAGGUGUAGACGUUUCUGUUACUUUCGUUACUUCACCAAAGGAGCAAUUGCCUGUAAGCUUAGAUAUAACAUGUUCUUCGACGGCCGAAUACAGUAGCGAAAGAUUUAUAGGUGCGACUGUGCUCCUCGAGGGCCCCAGUAUUCUGCUAUACGACUUAAUAAGAAACUUUACCCUGCCAUCUAAAAAUGUAACAUUUGUUGCGUCAAAGCCUGAUAUUGUUGAUAGCGGGCUGCUAAGCGGUAACUAUUCACUUCACGUGAUCGUAUACGUUCAAGCACUUUCUGGCCAAAAUUUCAAAGCCUACGCAGUUCCCGGUAGUCCGUUUAAUAUCACAGUGGACGAACUCGAAGAAGAAUUAGGUCACAACCCACUACCCGCCUGCAAAUCUGGGUACACUAGGGCUGGGCAAUGGGUUCACCGACAAGAUUUACCAAGAAUGGACCGUGCUCUUGGGAAUGACGAGGGGCCGUUUACGCGCAAUGGAUGGUCGUGGAGGCCAUUUGAGUGUAAAAUCGAGGCAUUCCCAAUCUGGCAACUGCCACUAUCAGCAAAGCCGCUUUGGAUUAUGUUCGUGGGUACGUCUACAAUACGCGGGUUGUAUUGGACUUUGAUGGAUAUGGUUGCUCCACCAAUUUUCACGAAUGAAAUUACAAACACUACUUCAUACAAAUGCUGGGGGGUACUUGACUUCUCCAUUGGGAAUAUUCGUGUAACAUACCGAGACUUCAGGUACAAUUGGCCACCAACGAUGCUAAAAAGUAACUCUUACUAUGACCUGGCUGAUAGUUGGUUGUCUGAAAAUAUUUGUCCAAUCUCGAAUACAAGUGGUGCUACGGCACUGUCACGCAAGGGGUGGGCUAUGACUCCAGACGUGAUCGUUAUGGAAGAACUCCAGAUGACGACCGAAUAUCACAAUAAUACAGGUCGCCUCCAGUGUCUAGAGAUAUUCGAAGGGCGGGGAGGGGUUUUAAUUCCGGUCUCACUCAAGCCACGUGUUCCUCAAGACCUCGUUUCCAGUAGUGCUGCUCAACACAGUUUGUUAUCAUCCAAGUAUGAAGGUACUGCGACUGGUCCAGUCGGCCAGACAAUACGCCACUUUCUGGAUAUAUAUCCUCUAUCUGCGCCCUUAUUCAAUCACGAUCGUGUGCGACCAG